AGGUGCUCAGGCAAUCUUGGUCUCUCCUCUGAAGCACAAUGCUGGCAACAAAGCUCAGUCUGGUGGCCUUGUUGAUGGCUGCAUGCUCGGUGUACACAGAUGCAAAGAGCAGCAUUGCCUGUGAGCACACUCCAGUCAACCUGACCUGUGAAACUGGACAGAUCGUUGUUUACGCGGCUAACUACGGACGAACAGACGCAACCACGUGCCUAGGUGGACCUAUUCAAACCACCAACUGUGCUGCCUCAAACAGUCUCUCCAUCGUGGCAAACAGGUGUGAUGGAAAGACUUCCUGCUCGGUGCAGGCCUCCAACAGCAUCUUCACUGACCCAUGCUUUGGCACCUUCAAGUACCUGAACAUCUCAUAUAGCUGCAUCAAUACCAAGAGCAGCAUUGCCUGUGAGCACACUCCAGUCAGCCUGACCUGCGAAACCGGAAAGAUCAUGGUUCACACUGCUAACUACGGACGAACAGACGCAACCACGUGCCCAGGUGGACCUAUUCAAACCACCAACUGUGCUGCCUCAAACAGUCUCUCCAUCAUGGAAAACAGGUGUGAUGGAAAGACUUCCUGCUCGGUGCAGGCCUCCAACAGCAUCUUCACUGACCCAUGCAUUGGCACCUUCAAGUACCUGAACAUCUCAUAUAGCUGCAUCAAUACCAGUGAGUACAAACACACACACACACACACACACACACACAAGCACACACACAUGCACACACACCUUAAUGUCUCCACAGCUGUGUUUUGUCUGGAUGUUAAAACGCCUAGGGGCAUAAGGCUGCGUAACUAGUUAACU